AUGUUCAUACGGUUGUUGCGCACCGCAUCGCGGACUCCGAGUCGGAGGGCUUGGACGCCUCCGUCGUCGACGCCGCCACUGCAAACUAUCCUCCUUGGUAUCCAGCAGUUCAGUGCUGACCGAUCCAAGCAGCGCAUCGAUGUCGAGCUGAACGAGAGCGACCUGACCGAGUCAUUCGUGAAAGGCUCCGGCAAAGGGGGACAGAAAAUCAACAAGGUGCGCAACUGUGUGCUACUGACACACGUGCCCACGGGGCUACAGGUGCAGUGCCAGAAGACGCGAUCACUGGACGGCAACCGCCGCGCUGCUCGCAAGCUGUUGCUGCAAAAGCUGGAUGACCACGUGAACGGGGAGCUGAGCAAACGCAGCCAGAAGAUCGACAAGCUGCGACGUAAGAAAGCAAGUCGCAGAGCUAAAUCCAAGCAAAAGUACGCCAAGACGACGGAGACGAAGGAGGUUGAGGAAGGUGAAGCAAGUGAGGACCAGAGUGAGGACCAGAGUGAUGACGAGGACAGCGAUGGAGACGAAGAGUGCGACAACUUUAUCGAUUUAGAGGAGCACAGGUUCAAGGCGAAGAAGAAAACCAAGUAAGUACCGCAUAGUCGCAGUAUCGCAAGCGAGAAUCACCGCUCGAAACACAGCCCACAUCGAUAUCAUCAGAUCUUUUUCACGUUGACGCGUUGGGAUGUUAUCUCCAAGGCAUUCCACUCGACGAUAAGUGCUUAUUGUCUACGUUAUGUUCAAGAGUGAGUUAAUUCGCUCCUUCACUUGAUCUCUAUUGUGCUGCAACUCCAGCUCGCAUCGAAGCACUCGGAGAUCCACGUUAUCAGCGAGAGUUCUCAUAGCUCUUGGUGACCGAGCGAAGUCUUUCUCGGUUGUCACUACUGUGACGCUUCCGUUGCUCCGCAGCUCUCGCACCCGC